CACACAUAUCCACACGUACACCUACAUACACUGGAACUGUAUUCAAAUAUUUACAAAUAUGGAUGAACACUAACAUCUAUGACUUUGUUACAUUGACUGUGCUGUCAUCUACAUCUCACACAUACAGACUCGCACCCAGAAACACAUACCUACUCACUAUGGACUGCAUUGAAGGCUCAGAACCUGAGGCACCCCUGGUGACACUGUUCACUUCUCCGGUGACUCUCACACUUUGUUGCUCCACCGCUGUACUGGUCCUGGUUUUGGCCAAGUACAUGCUGGGAUGGCCUCGGUCCUCCACAGCGGAUGUUCCCCUGCCCAGCCUACCCAGGGUGCCCGUCCUGGGCAGCCUGCUGCACCUGCGCUCAUCGCUCCCGCUGCACCUCCUCUUCACGCAGCUGGCCGGCGAAUGCGGGCCCCUAUUUGGCCUGCAUGUGGGGCCCCACCGCACACUGGUGGUGAGCGGCGUGGGCCUGGCCAGAGAUGUGCUGCUGCAUAAGGGCAGGGACUUCGCCGGGCGGCCCAAGAUGGUCACCACAGAGCUGCUGUCGCGGGGGGGGAAAGACAUUGCCUUUGCGGACUACAGCCCGCUGUGGAAGAGCCACCGGCGACUGGUUCAUUCCUCAUUCGCCUUGUUUGGAGAAGGUUCCAACAAGCUCCAGACCAUCGUACUGGAAGCUGCAGAAAGUUUGUGUUCCGAGCUCCAGUCCUGCAGGGGGCAGUGUGUGGAUCUGAGUCCCAUCCUGAUGCGAGCUGUCACCAAUGUAGUGUGCAGGCUGGUUUUCAAUUCGUCUUACCAUCCCCAUGAUCCAGAGCUCCAGCAGGUCAUGGACUAUAAUGAUGGCAUCGUCCAGACCAUUGCACGGGGAGGCCUCGUGGACACCUUUCCCUGGCUACAGAUUUUCCCCAAUAAGGACUUGGCUAAGCUGAGGGAGUGUGUGUGUAUCAGAGACAAACUACUGAGUAAGAAACUAGAAGAACACAAGUUGACUUUUACUCCUGGAGAGCCACGCGACCUCCUGGAUGCGCUCCUGAAUGGCCAGAGGGUGUCGGCUGGUGACAUCACCGACGAUCACGUCCUGAUGACAGCGGCCGAAGCCUUUGGAGCUGGGGUGGAGACCACAUCCACCACUUUACUGUGGACUGUAGCAUUCUUACUGCACCACCCACAAGUGCAAAAACGUCUUCAUGCAGAGCUGGAUGAGCAUGUGGGAAGGGAUCGCCCCCCUGCUUUGAGUGACAGGCCGAACCUGCCAUUCCUGGAGAGUGUGCUGUGUGAAGUGAUGAGGAUCCGCCCCGUCAGUCCUAUCCUUAUCCCCCAUGUCGCUAUGCAGGACACCAGUUUAGGAGGCCAUGCCGUCUCCAAGGGAACAAGAGUUUUGGUGAACAUGUGGGCGAUCCACCACGACCCCAAACACUGGGACGAACCUGAUCUUUUCCUGCCGGAGAGGUUCCUGGAUGCCACAGGUAAGAAGAUAACCCCGCCCAGUUUCCUUCCUUUUGGGGCGGGACCCAGAGUGUGCGUCGGUGAAUCACUGGCCCGGAUAGAGCUAUUCCUGUUUGUCAGCUCACUUCUGCAGCAGUUCCAUUUUAGUGUUCCACCUGGAGCUUCCCUGCCUGACCUGCAGGGGCGCUACGGAGUGGUACUGCAGCCGCUACGCUACAGUGUGACAGUCAGCCCGCGACACUGAUCCCGGUCGUCCUGCUCUCUUCUGUUUGCAUUGCAUGGGUUCUUCAUCUGUCACCAUUAAAACUCCACGUGCACUCACUUAGGCCUAAUUAUAAUGUCACGGAUUACCCCUCUACCUUUCAUUGUAUUGUAGCUUACAUUUAAAUGUAUUUGUGUAUUUAAAUGUAUUUAAAUAGAGCUGUGUCAUGGAUUACCCCUCUACCUUUCAUUGUAUUGUAGCUUACAUUUAAAUGUAUUUGUGUAUUUAAAUGUAUUUAAAUAGAGCUGUGUCAUGGAUUACCCCUCUACCUUUCAUUGUAUUGUAGCCUACAUUUAAAUGUAUUUGUGUAUUUAAAUGUAUUUAAAUAGAGUUGUGUCAUGGAUUACCCCUCUACCUUUCAUUGUAUUGUAACCUACAUUUAAAUGUAUUUGUGUAUUUAAAUGUAUUUAUAUAGACUCGCGUGAUGGAUUACCCUUCUACCUUUCAUGGCAUUGCAAGCUGUCAGGGGCCAGUGAUGCUGAAGGGGAUGUGUACCUAACUCUGCAGUGUCAGUGUAUCAGCCUGGCUCUGGGAGAAAAAAAACAAGAUGCAUGUAUUCAUUAGUGUGCACGUGAUUAAGC